AUGAAAACAUUUUUUCUAAAAUUUUCUCGAUCAUUAUCUUCUAAACUACCAUCACCAAAAACAACAGUUCUUCUAGUUCACAAUGGAUUACCAAAAAGUUUAUAUUAUGCAAAAGAUUUUCUUUCAAAUGAAUUAAUUGAAAUUCAUAAAUUUCCACCAUUUUUGGCAAAAUUUGGUAUUGAUAAAUAUGUAGAUAAUAGUAAAUGUAUUUUUAAAUGUAUGGAAGAUUAUACAAAAUGUGAAGAAAUAUCUAAUUAUUUUGAUAAAUUAUCAAAAAAUAUUGAAGAUAAAUUAACAGAAACAGCCUCUUUUGGUAGUCCAUAUAAAGUUGAGUAUUCAUUUAAUUUCCCAAUAUCUGAUAAAGAUUAUUCAAUAGAAAAUACCUUAAUGAAUAUGAUAUCAAAAAAUGGAACACAAAGAUUUGUGGUUUUACCUUUACAUCCAAUUUAUGAUAACAAAACAAAUAAAUAUUAG